AUGUCUGAGUACUCUGAGUUCUUCGACUUUGACGCCUUCCCAGAGUCCGACGAAUACGCCAUUGACUUCAGCGAGUUGGGCAACUCGAAUCCGAUUGGUGUAUCUGAAUUCACAGAUCUUCAGCCGCAACAUUCUCCCUGCGUUACUGGUCCCGUGCCACAAAAUGUCGAAAAUCGAGCCGAGACUGCGCUUUUUCAACGCGAUAAUCAAGCCGCAGCUCUAGACACGGAUAUACAGACAACCUCCGAGAACCAGCAGCACAGUCCAGAUACCGCGGACCAUCAACAAAUUCAAGGGUAUACUCCAUUUUCAUGCAAUGAAUGCCUCGCUUCAUUCCGAAACACUUAUCAGUUCCAACUACAUGCGAAGCUAUCUAGACACAAAACCGUUGCCUGUUCAUGUGGUAAAAGCUUUUCACGGCUUGAUACUCUAGUCCGUCAUCAACGUUCCUUCCGCGAAGACAUACGCCUGUACCCCUGCCCCACCUGCAAACAUCUCCAGGGCAAGCAUGGCUUCCGUCGCCGGGAUCAUCUCAUUCAACAUCUGACUGGUUAUCACAAAUUCAACUUCAGUAAAAUUGAAAAGAUAGCCCCCACUAAAAGACAAGGUUAUGGUGGUCCUUAUCACUGCCUAUUCACUUCGUGUGAGUUCCAUCGAGGUGAAGGCUUUACACGUCUCUCCUGGGACGAGAAAUACAAUCAAGCUCCUUUCCCCAGACAGUCCGAAUAUAUUAAACAUAUGAGAGAGGUCCACGAACUCACCCCUUUUCCAUGCCUUGAGACCGAAUGCAAACGAACUGGGGCCAAUGGAUAUUUGUUGUGGAAUGGCUUCAAGAAUCAUAUGGUUAGAGAGCAUAAGAUUACCCCUGAGCCUGUAGAAAAGUUUGAUCUGGGGUAUAAGUGUGACCACUGCGGAGAGAGUCUAGAGCGGAUAGUUGAUUACAUGAUCCACAACCAAGUUCUACACCAACCUCUACACCAAUCCUAG